GUAUACUGUGCUGCUAAUUGUACAAAAUUCUAUUUGUACAACUGAUACUAAAAUUUUCUUGUUGUUUUACAUGUAUAUGAAGUUAUGAAAAAUUCCUAUGCAACUAAACAAUUUGUGGAAUUACAUAAAAAUAAUAAUUAACAUAAAUGUCAAAAUAAUCAUUGCUUUUUAAAGGUUUCAGUGGACAAAGUUCAAGUGAUGAUGACAGUGUGGUUCAUGUAAGGUUGCCAUCUCAAGAUAGUCCACUAUCUGACACUGUGGUGUGGGAUGGUCCAGAUGAAGCAAGCACUCCAAGACUGGAGAAACUUUUGAAUAGGCCUUUUGGACACACAGAACAAGGGUCUGAUCAGCAACUACACAAAUGUGUACGCACCAAUAAUUGUUGACAGCGACUCUGAGCCGGAUGAAUAUGUGAUGCAGUUCCCUGAGCAAAGUACAGACAACGUGACUGCUGCGGACAUCAUUUCAGAGCUCUCGGCAAUGAUCAAGUCAUCAUCUCUCAGCCGCUUUAACAUAAACAGAGCCAAUGUAUGGGAUGGAGCACUGAGAGGUUUCAAGCGGGCUUCUUUCAACCCUUUCAAUGAAAUAUUUGUAAAAUUCACCGAUGACGAGGGACAGGCAGAAGACGGUGUUGAUAACGGUGGUCCCAAGCGCGAGUUUCUAAGCCUUUUAAUGAACUGCUUAAGGACUCGAAGAGUCUUUGAUGGGCCUGAAGAAAGGAAAUUUAUCACUUUUGACAGUGAAGGUAUUGGCGUUAAGGGCAAUAUUUCAGAGUUUUCUCAUAAGAAUGUGACAGCCGUUGGUGAAUGUGGAAUUAAUGUGAACAAAAUCUAUACAGCAGCCAAAAAUGAUGAAUAUUUCCUGGUUGGGAGGAUGAUUGCCACUUCUGUCGUUCAUGGAGGUCCAGGUCCUCAAUUCUUAUCUGAGAAGCUCUACCAGCACCUCACAGGAACAUCAACAAAUACAGAAGGAAAGAUAGAAGACAUCACCGACAACACCAUGAGGGCUUCUUUGAUUGAGAUAUCCAGUGCAGGUACAUUGACUGAACUACACCAGUCAGUUGAAAGACAUGCAAGCAUCUUGCAAACUGCUGGUUGCUUGCAGUUCCCUGUGAGUGUUGAUGACAAAUGGAAAAUUGUAAAGGAGUUCAUUGAUUGGUACAUCAUUUACCGCAACCAUUUCUCUAUUCAAAGAUUCAAGGAUGGCCUUUCAACACUGAACUUCCAGAAUGCUUUGGAGCAGCAUGCUUCCGUCUUCAGGCCAUUCAUGUGUGCAAGAGUGGAACAGCUGACAUCCAAAAUAUUGGAGGAAAUAUUUGAGGUUCAGCUCAGUGAAAAGGGUAGCAGCAGACGACUUGAGGAAACAAGAGUGCUAGGAUUCUGGAGAGACUUUCUCCUUGACACAGAAGAACAAAAAACGGGUCUCUCUCUCCAGGACAUCCUGAUGUUUGCAACCGGCUAGAACAAACUACCUCCAUCUUCAAUUCUGUCACCACCAAAACUGAUCUUUCAGGCCACUUCUCGUUUUCCUGUCAGUAGCACCUGCUCCAACACUAUCAAAAUACCAAUGUCCAAGACGUAUCAUCAGUUUAAAGAAGACAUGGACUUUGGGAUUCAAAACUCCCCUGGGUUUUGGCUUUAUUAAGGUGAAAUGCAUAACAACAAAACAAAAUGCUAACUAUUUAACUUGUCAAACCUGUUCAGUUAUGACACUGUUUAGUGUUUGUGUGCGACCUUCAAAUUUGGAUUCUUGUUUGUUUAUAAGUCCGCCAUGUUUUUCAGUUUGAUAUAGUUUUCGACACAUGAUUCCCAACUCUGUGGAUGUGCUAGGCCGCACUGUCUCUGGAGGUUCUCAAAAUGUGCCUGAAGGUGUUCAUCUCCACAUUGAAUGUUGUUAGUCUCUGUCACAAACUGUCCCAAUUGCUCCUGGGAGACUGGGAAACCACAGUCUGUUCCACCAAACCUAGGAAUAGAAGAAGCAUAGUAAACAUUUAGUUAUAUUUACAUUUCUUCACUAAACUGUUACUGCUGUGACUAUUGUUGUAACCUGUCUAAAUGAUUAAUUGUAUUUAAAUUUAAAUUUUAGAAAUUGUCAUCUGAAAUUGUUAGAAUAAAAAGUGACAUACUG